CUAAAGUAAAUACAUUAGGUGAAAGAGGUUCAGAGGACACUCAUGCAGACACACAAUGCUGCGUGUGAAGGUGCAGAACGACCAUAGAACGACGGAAAUGCAAUAAAAUUAUACAUUUUCAUUCGGCUCCGUACGAUGCAGUGACUCCGCCCACUCGCGCGGUGGCGCUACAGAAGCGCGUCACUGAUGACGUCACGGCAUCUGCCGGUCGCACGCGCCGCUCUCACGCUCGUGAGGAUACGAGAGUCUGGAAAUAAACCGAAAAUAUUGACACUUACAAUUAAAAACACAAUAAACAAGUGGCCAUAGUCAUGGGGACGACAUUCGAGCAGAUGAGAGCGAAUGUCGGCAAACUUCUGCGCGGCAUCGACAGGUAUAACCCGGAGAAUCUGUCCACGCUGGAGCGAUACGUGGACACACAGGCCAGAGAAAACACCUACGACCUGGAGGCCAACCUGGCCACAGACACACACACACACACAUACACACACACACCUGAUGAUGUUAAUCUCACCACAGACACCCAGGUGAAGGUCUGGAUGAAUAAGUACGGCUGGACAGAGAAUGAAGAUGUACAGAUAUUCAUUCACAGUCAGGAGGAGAGCGUCAAGCCCAAGAACAUCGUGGAGAAGAUCGACUUUGAGAGUGUGUCCAGCAUCAUGGCCACAUCACAGUGAACACACACACACACACACACACACACACACACACUCAAUCUCAUGCCUCAGUUUCCUCUUGAUUUAAUUUUACAAUAAAGUCAUUUCAGUUAA